AUGCCCUUUGCACCAUUUGUUGGUGUAAACCACCAUGGGCAAUCAAUUUUGUUGGGAGCUGGCUUGAUUUCUAGUGAGGAUACCGAGACAUUUGUUUGGUUAUUCGAGACAUGGUUGCAAUGUAUGGAUGGUAUCGCUCCGAAAGCCAUUAUCACUGAUCAAGAUAGAGCGAUGAAAAAUGCAAUCGCUCUUGUCUUUCCAAAUACAAGACAUAGAUUUUGUCUUUGGCAUAUACUUAAGAAAGUUCCCGAGAAACUUGGCUCAUAUGGUUCCUACAAAACUGGGAUGAAAGGUGCCUUGAUGAAAUGUGUAUAUGACACCCAACGUGUUGAUGAGUUUGAGAAGUGUUGGGAUGAGUUGCUUACCACUUACAACUUGCAUGAGAAUGCGUGGUUGCAGAGCCUAUACGUUGAGCGUGAACAUUGGGUCCCAGCAUUUUUGAAGGAAACAAAUGUAAAGGAGUUUGUAGACCAAUUUGACAACGCAUUGAAAAAAAAGAUUGAGAAUGAAAAUCUCACAGACUUCCAGUCAUUUAAUGUCACAAUUCCCUGCAUAUCUAGAUCUUCGAUUGAAAAGAGGUUCCAAGAGUUGUACAUGAUUGCUAAGUUCAAGGAAGUUCAGCAGCAAGUCAACGGUAUCAUUGACUUGAAUCUGAAGUUACUACCAAGUGAUGGUGCAAUAAAGACAUAUAUGGUUGAGGAUGAAGUAGCUUUGGAGGAGUUCACUAAGUUGGUUACGUAUUUUGUGGACUUUAGUAAGGUUGAUGCAGUUGCAAAGUACUCUUGUGGAUUAUUUGAGAUGAGGGGAAUAUUAUGUCGGCACAUUUUGGCUGUAUUCAGAUGUAACGAUAUUAGAUAUUUUCCGGAAAUAUACAUUUUAGAUCGAUGGAGGAAGGAUAUUAAAAGGCGAUACACAUUAAUCCACAGUAGCUAUGAUGAAGGGGACCAAUGGCCAGAUGCUAAUAGAUAUUCAAGUCUUUUGAGCAUUUGUUAUCAGAUGAUUACUCAUGCAGCUAGUUCGAGAAAGUAUACUGAGGAUGCGAGAAGUAAGUUAUAUGCGAUGAUUGAGCUCUAUCGUGCCAAUGAAGAACCCCCAUCUUUCACUCAAAUUGGUUCUAAUGCUAGUGACACGGCAAAUGACACUACGGUCGGGUGUUCUGGGGAAGUACACAGCCCACGUGUUGUGCGAGGCAAAGGCAAACCUCCAUCUCUAAGAAGAGCAUCCAGGAUGGAGAUAGACAUGCGGAAAGCAAAAGCAAAGUUGAAGAAAGCACCGGCAAAGGGGAAGCGUAAAGAGCGGGAUGGAGGCGAUACCCGGUCCAUGGAUAAAGGAGAUACACCUGUUGUGGAAGUAUGCAGGAGUUUAUUUGGCCCUUCUGAGAUCGAUCGAACCAGAUAUGAACACAUGCAGCCUGCUGGUGGUCAGAGUUCAAUCAUGUUUAGUGAAGAACCAUGUAAGGCAAGAAAAAAAAGAUUUUACGUCAUUACCAUUCAGGGGAAAGUGCUCCACGAUUUUACGUGCAUUACCAUGGUUGAGGAUGAAGUACUCCAGGAUUUCACUAAGUUGUUAAAGGCAGAGACAUUUACGUGCACCAAUUAA